GCGCUGGCGGCGGCGGCGGCGCAGGCAGUGUGCGCUGGCACAGAGAACAAGCUGAGCUCCCUGUCCGACCUGGAGCAGCAGUAUCGGGCGCUGCGCAAGUACUAUGAGAACUGCGAGGUAGUUAUGGGCAACCUGGAAAUCACCAGCAUCGAGCACAACCGAGACCUCUCCUUCCUGCGGUCUAUCAGAGAAGUCACGGGCUACGUUUUGGUGGCUUUGAAUCAGUUUGAGUACCUGCCCCUGGAGAACCUGCGCAUCGUUCGUGGGACCAAGCUCUACGAAGACAGAUACGCUUUGGCGAUAUUUCUCAACUACAGGAAGGACGGUAACUUCGGACUCAGGGAACUCGGCUUGAAGAACUUGACCGAAAUACUGAAUGGCGGCGUGUAUGUUGGCCAGAACAAAUUUCUGUGCUUCGCAGACACCAUCCAUUGGCAGGAUAUCGUGCGUAACCCCUGGGCCUCCAACUUCACCUUGGUCCCAAUGAACGGCAGCUCUGGCUGUGGGCGAUGCCACAAGUCAUGCACUGGACGAUGCUGGGGACCCACAGAGAAUCACUGCCAGACUUUAACGAAGACAGUGUGCGCAGAGCAGUGUGAUGGACGGUGCUACGGGCCCUACGUCAGUGACUGCUGCCACCGGGAGUGUGCUGGAGGCUGUUCGGGACCUAAAGACACGGAUUGCUUUGCCUGCAUGAAUUUUAAUGAUAGCGGAGCAUGUGUCACACAGUGCCCCCAGACGUUUGUGUACAAUCCUACCACCUUCCAACUGGAGCAUAAUCACAACGCCAAGUACACCUAUGGAGCUUUUUGCGUCAAAAAGUGCCCACACAACUUUGUGGUAGACUCGAGCUCUUGUGUACGUGCAUGUCCGAGCUCCAAGAUGGAGGUUGAAGAAAAUGGCAUAAAGAUGUGCAAGCCCUGCACUGACAUUUGUCCUAAAGCGUGUGAUGGCAUUGGAACAGGGAGUUUAGUGUCAGCUCAGACGGUGGAUUCCAGCAACAUUGACAAGUUCAUAAACUGUACCAAGAUCAACGGCAACCUUAUCUUUCUUGUUACUGGGAUUCAUGGGGACCCUUAUCACACAAUUGCUGCAAUCAAUCCAGAGAAAUUAAAUAUCUUCCAAACAGUGAGAGAGAUUACAGGAUAUUUGAACAUACAGUCGUGGCCUGAGAAUAUGACAGAUUUCAGAGUGUUUUCUAACUUGGUAACUAUUGGCGGAAGAGCUCUGUAUAGUGGCCUUUCUUUACUCAUCCUAAAGCAGCAAGGCAUUACCUCUUUGCAGUUUCAGUCCUUGAAGCAAAUCAGCGCUGGCAACAUCUACAUAACCGACAACAGUAAUUUGUGUUACUACCACACUGUCAACUGGACCAGCCUCUUCAGCACGCCUAGUCAGAAGACCGUGAUUCAUCGGAAUAAAAAGGCUGAGAACUGCACUGCUGAUGGAAUGGUGUGUAAUGAGUUAUGCUCAAGUGAUGGCUGUUGGGGGCCAGGGCCAGACCAGUGUCUCUCCUGCAAGCGCUUCGUCAGGGGAAGGACCUGCAUAAACUCUUGUAACCUGUAUGAUGGAGAGUUUCGAGAGUUUGCAAAUGGUUCCGUCUGUGUGGAGUGUGAUCCCCAGUGUGAAAAGAUGGAAGAUAAUAUGAUCACAUGCUAUGGGCCGGGACCCGACCACUGCACAAAGUGCUUCCAUUUUAAGGAUGGUCCAAAUUGUGUGGAAAAAUGUCCUGAUGGCUUGCAGGGGGCAAACAGCUUCAUUUUCAAAUAUGCUGAUGAGGACCGUGAGUGCCAUCCUUGUCAUCCAAACUGCACCCAAGGGUGUAGAGGUCCCGCUAGUCAUGACUGCAUUUACUAUCCAUGGACACGCCAGUCCACUUUACCACAACAUGCUAGAACUCCUCUGAUUGCUGCGGGAGUUAUUGGUGGCCUCUUCAUCAUCGUCAUUCUGGGCCUGACAUUUGCUGUGUACGUUCGGCGCAAGAGCAUUAAAAAGAAGAGGGCAUUGCGAAGGUUUCUGGAGACCGAGCUCGUGGAACCGCUGACCCCAAGUGGCACAGCACCCAACCAAGCACAGCUUCGUAUCUUGAAGGAAACCGAACUAAAACGUGUUAAGGUUCUUGGCUCUGGAGCCUUUGGAACUGUGUAUAAGGGUAUUUGGGUCCCCGAGGGAGAAACUGUAAAGAUUCCUGUGGCCAUUAAGAUCCUUAACGAGACAACUGGUCCCAAAGCCAAUGUGGAAUUUAUGGAUGAAGCUCUUAUCAUGGCCAGCAUGGACCACCCUCACCUGGUGAGACUUCUAGGUGUCUGCUUAAGCCCAACCAUUCAACUAGUCACUCAGCUGAUGCCUCAUGGCUGCUUGUUGGAUUAUGUUCAUGAACAUAAGGAUAAUAUUGGCUCCCAACUUCUGCUGAACUGGUGUGUCCAAAUAGCCAAGGGAAUGAUGUACCUGGAAGAGAGGAGACUCGUUCACCGGGACUUGGCAGCCCGUAAUGUCUUGGUGAAGUCACCAAACCAUGUGAAGAUCACUGACUUUGGCCUAGCCAGGCUUUUGGAAGGGGAUGAGAAGGAAUAUAAUGCUGAUGGAGGGAAGAUGCCAAUUAAGUGGAUGGCUCUGGAGUGUAUACACUACAGGAAAUUUACUCAUCAGAGUGAUGUUUGGAGCUACGGAGUCACUAUCUGGGAGCUGAUGACCUUUGGUGGGAAGCCAUACGAUGGAAUCCCGACUCGUGAGAUUCCGGACCUCUUAGAGAAGGGCGAGCGGCUGCCCCAGCCCCCAGUCUGCACUAUUGAUGUUUAUAUGGUGAUGGUGAAAUGCUGGAUGAUUGAUGCUGACAGUCGGCCUAAAUUCAAGGAGCUGGCUGCUGAAUUUUCCAGAAUGGCUCGCGACCCUCAAAGAUACCUGGUUAUUCAGGGAGACGAUCGUAUGAAGCUCCCAAGCCCAAAUGACAGCAAGUUCUUCCAAAACCUUCUCGAUGAAGAAGACCUGGAAGAUAUGAUGGAUGCUGAAGAGUAUCUUGUUCCUCAAGCCUUCAACAUCCCUCCUCCCAUCUACACUUCUAGGACAAGAAUUGAUUCCAACAGGAACCAGUUUGUGUACAGAGAUGGCGGCUACGCUGCGGAGCAGGGAGUGUCUCUGCCCUACAGAGCCCCUGGCUGCGUCAUGCCGGAAGCCCCCGUUGCCCAGGGGGCCGCAGCAGAGCUCUUUGAUGACGCUUGCUGUAAUGGCACGCUGCGAAAACAAGUGGCAAACCUGGCACAAGAGGACAGCAGCACCCAGAGGUACAGUGCAGAUCCCACGGUGUUCAUACCUGAGCGGGUCGUCCGGGGAGAACUGGAUGAGGACGGGUACAUGACGCCGAUGCGAGACAAACCGAAAACAGAUUACCUGAACCCAGUGGAGGAGAACCCAUUUGUCUCCCGACGAAAGAAUGGAGAUCUCCAAGCUGUGGACAACCCAGAGUACCACAACGCUCCAAAUGGGCAGCCCAAAGCAGAGGAUGAGUACGUGAACGAGCCGUUGUACCUCAACACUUUUGCAAACACCCUGGAAAACGCCGAGUACCUGAAGAACAAUUUGCCGGAGAAAGCCAAGAAGGCCUUUGACAACCCCGAUUACUGGAAUCACAGCCUGCCCCCGCGAAGCACCCUCCAGCACCCGGACUACCUGCAAGAGUACAGCACAAAAUAUUUUUACAAACAGAACGGACGGAUCCGGCCUAUUGUGGCAGAGAAUCCCGAAUACCUCUCCGAGUUCUCCCUGAAGCCUGGCACUGUGCUGCCCCCGCCACCCUACAGACACCGAAACACAGUGGUGUAGUAACCGCGGUCUUACGGAUGCGGAAAGGCAACCCCUUCUAGCUGCCUCACUCUUUCUCUCUCUCCCCCUCCCUUUCUUUCUCCCAUGAGCUUCCUCUUCUCGCCCGUUCACUCAUUUUUGAUAUUUCCAAGUGAAAGGACGUCUUGGAGUCACUUGCAGAUUGGGUUGGGAACCUGGAAGGAAGGAAGGAAAGAGACUGAAAGAAGGCGAGUCCAACCUGGCCUUUCUCGCUUGCCGCAGAUCCAGAGGGUCCGACGGUCAGAGAAGCCAGACGACACCAGUAAAGCCAGUGGCAGUGUUGCCUGCUGUCGAGCAAGUUCUCGGUGAUCCAACCCAGGCGCUGUAGGGAGGGUCACGCAGAGUCUGUUUCUUUCGGCAGGAGCUGAUGAGAGUCUGUUCAGCAUUCCUGGAAAUCCUGAUGCAGUUUCCAUUAGGGAGGGGAAAAAAACGGACAGCUUUUUAUAUCAUGUGAAAUAGCAUAAUAAUUGAGAUUGAGAAUCCAAUUUCUUUCUCUAACACUUUCUACCCCCAGCAACCGAAAAUGGCUAACCUGGCUUUUCAUAAUCAUUCAGAUCUUCAUCGUGGCCUUCCAAGAAAUGAUGAUGUGACUCUAAUAUCUGGCCUAACCCCUUAUUCUGAGCCACACCAUGAUUUUGUGCCACUUCUUAACAGCAGAGACUUUAGCUCAGAACAUUAGUGUAUGACAUGACCAUUUUUGUACGUGUGUCAAUAUCAAACAUAGAAGUCUUUUCGGAAAAAAAUUAACCAAAACGCAUCUCCAGCAUCCUCUUUUUGAAGCUAAAAGGCCAUGAAACCAGGAUUUGUAUGCAAAAAGCUUUGCUUUCAUGUUUUAUACCUACUAAAUAUAGAUAGAUAAAAAGACCCAAACAAAUUCCUCCCUCUUUUUCUUCUUUGUGAUCAUGAAAGUAGUUGGGGAUGCUGUCAGGCAACACUGAGGACAAGAUGGAGACUGGAGCUUACUAUGGUUCACGAAGUUUGCUGGUGUUCUGUGGGGUGGUGGUGGGAAGGGCCCUUUAAACGGGAAGAAAGACACUGGACUGAAGAAAAUGCACAUAGCGGUUCACUGGAAAGUUAGUUUGCACUUAAGCUCUGAUUUUAUUUGAACUGUUUUCUGGAUUUUGAAUGAAGCAAUAUGGAAGUGACCAGCAAAAUACAAGAUAAUACUUUUAAAUUUUAAAAAGUGAAUUAUGUGUAAAGGAUGACUGUGGAAAUGCCAAAACGAAGUAAAACAAGUCUUUGGAACAGUGCCCACCGGUUCUGAGAGGCCAGCGCAUUGACUGCUUCAGAGGAUACGGCGAGAGAGCGGCCCGCUCUUACCGCUGCCGCGUGAAGGACAGCAGAGCAAGCCCCGAACUGGGAUCGGGGGAGGAGAACGUCUUGCGCGGGCUUGCAGUAUGAUACAGAGUACUUUUUUUUUUCUUUUUUUUUUUCCCCUGAAAGGAGGAUUACUCUGGCACAGAAGAUAGUGUAUACGAGGUUUUAGAAGUCAAAACGUGCAUGACACGCAGAGCUUUCAGUCAAAAAUGUAAAUAUGUAUGAGUCAAUCUCCCUGCACUAAUUGCUGCUUUAAUCAACCUCGGUUUUUACGUAGACACCCCCUCCCUUCCCUCCCUCCACCCUCCUCCUGUUUGGAAGUACCUUUUAGCCAGAGUUCUGGAUGGGUUUAGCAAGCUAAAGCAGAUGGAGUUGGGAAGGAGAGAGCAAGGGCCAGCGAUGCUGGUAUCUUGCUCCCGGUGUGCCAAGACCUGUGUAACAGCCUUUGCGCACCUAGUACCCAAGGAGAAUCUUAAGCGUUAAGUACCUGUGAGGGUUUGUCUCUGUCUCUAGCCAUCGAGGCUUUUAAAGGGGAAGCAAUAAUCCUCUGCUUGGGUGGUAAGCCUGGGUAGUACAACAGUGUUUCAGUUUAUGCACUUCAGCACUAUUAAAGUGAAGAUGCUUUGGGUGACGCAGCCUGGCAACAAGAACAGCAACAGCCAGUGGUCUGGAAACACUGUGUGGUGCUCCUCCAAAAUCCAACUGUCUGAGCAGUUUGCCACCUUUAAUUGUAAAGAAGCAGAGAAGGGAGUAAGAAACAUGUCGUCCUCAGCCUGCCACUUUGAGCUGCAGCUCUUGGGAGAAGAAGGUUUGUCCUGAACAGAUACCCCUAAUGAGGGGAACGUCCUGGUGCAACUCAUGUGGUACUUGCAAAGGUCAUGGGGAGAGAGACGCAUACCUCCAGAGAUGGAAGCGAUGGGGCUAGGGUGUAGCUGCUAAGGGAGGGUGAAGGCCCCUGUGUCUUCUCUGAUCAUUAAGUGAUAGUGGCGUUAAAAACAAGCCCAUGGAGUAAUCAAAAUAGAAAUAAUUGUGUUCUCUAACAAUUUAACUUUUAAAUUCUUACAAAACUUGAAUUACGUAUUCAUUUUGGUUGUUGACGGUGGGUAUGAUGCGCUAUGUUCGGUAGCAUGGAAGUGCAGAGAUCCCUUGAAGCGAGGCAGCGUGAAGGCUGGAACUAAAGCAGACGCCUUGGGCGGUGCCAAGCGCGUCUUGGAUAGCCAAGGGCGAACCGAGAAUUAACAAGCAGAGUAAUCUGCACUGGUGGAAAACUCAACGUACUGCGUCUGGACGAAUGGGCAUCACUUAUUUUUGUUUCUGGGCAUAAACGUGUCCUCUGUUCCCGAACGUUCUCACCUGAACUACUUUGACAGAUUUUUGCAUCUUUGCCACAGAACGAGAGUGUAUCCAGGGUUUAAAACCCCAAAAACUACGAGCAGAACCGUUUGGCUUCUGUAACCUGGUAGGCACCGGUAACUGGCCAGCUUUUAGCGCUCGUAUUAGCAUUAGCGGUUAUAGUUGCUGGGUCGGUGACGGGAGAUCGGGCGCUGUGGCAAAUGUGUGACCGUCGUAAGUCACGAGAGAUGAAGGUCAGGCUUCUUUAAUGAACAGCGGCAGGUUUCUGGGGAAAAAAGCAGAUACUCUUCCAUAUACAGACUGCAUUUUGUCAGCACAGAGCAGCAGAAGGAGGAGCACCAGCAGAAGUAUUUUGUCCAGCUCUAGACGAUUCUCUGGUUCCACAGUGGUAUCUAUAAACGCUGCUGUGGGUUUUUUGGGAUUUUAUAUGCAGUCUCCUAUUUGCAGAUGUUUUCCUUUCCCUUACCGCAGCAUGCACCAUGGAAGAACAGUUAAUAACUUUCCAAGAACCAGUUCCUGCAUCUUCACCAGUUCUAGGUUAGACGUUACUUACCUACCUGUGGGUUGUUUCAAACAGAUGCGGAUGGAUGCUGGAUUUGAUUGAUUUGCUGUAACGUUCUGACUGAACCAGACUACUCUCAACUUGUUUCAGUGCUGCUUCUUCCUACGAAGUAGCUAGGAUUUUUCCUUGGUCAUUUGUUCCAAUGUAGCAGAGCGUGUUUUCCUGCCGGUCGUCUCUCGUAGGUAGCAAACCGUGGGAGAAACUCCGAGCGCGUAGCAGCAGCGGGAGCCACCGCGUGGGCCUCUUCCAAGCGCCCUGCGCUCAGCCCAGAAAUCUUCGCCUGAAGAAGUGUUGUGUUAACCCUGGCUUGAACCAUUUCUUUGGCGGAAGAUGCAUUUCGGGGCAGAAAGAGUUGCAUGCAGUAAGCUCGUUCCCCUUUUUUCUCGGACUAGCGGGGCAGUACCUUUCCCGUCACGCCCCGCAGCGGUAAGCCCGGGCAGUCAAGCGCGAGGGGCAGCUGAUGCCGUGCGCCGCGGGGCACAGCAGCCUGCACACGCACGGUCGCUCGUCUUGCUGCCAGUGAGCCUAGAAACAGCAAUAGGUUUUUUGAGACUGGACCUAUAUCGGAAACUCAGAUGCUAAGAAAAACCUCGGCCCAUUUUCCUGCUGGACUGUCUGGGUGGGGGACCGGUGUCAUCGUGGCAGCGUGAAGGAAUGAAGAUGGGGCUUUUACGUGGCCCCAGAGAGAAGGGGACACUGGCAGCCCUCAGAGUUAGGCUGUCUUUCGUGCAAUUCCCCAGCAUAUCUGAAAGCGUUCAGAAGUAUUCAGGUCAGUUAGGUAUUCACCUGCUUUGAAGGCUUUUUAGCUUGAGGAGAGCGGUAGGAAUAGGCUGCAGCAUGAAUCGACGGCAGGCCUGUGGCUAUGCGUGAGCUCUGGCUGCUCAGGAGCUCCUCGGGGUAGGCAGUGUAACCUGGAGUUUGCUGAACGCUGUGUAAAAGGCGGCUUCUCUUGCGGUAGCGUGAAGCCUGUGCACCCGUUCGUUCCCAGGUCCACCACGUGUCCUUCCUCUCAUUGCCGUGGAUCCUGGAUCUCCGUUGCUGCCGUAAGAGCUAAUCUGCUGUUAUACGAGAUCCUGGAUUUGAGUUCGGCUCCUCGGGGGAAGCUCAAGCUGUGGAGGGCAGGGGUUGGCUGUGGCGCCCGUGCUCCGUUGCGCGCGAGGAGCCCUUGCGGUCUCACGGGCGGCCACGGGCUCUGCUCGGCGCCGUCUCUCUCUCCUCCCCCCCGGCUUUUGAUAAGCUUUAUGCAGGUAGGAAAAGGUUACUGCUACAGACGGGGUUUUCAGACUGGGGUAAGUAACAGAAAUGAAGUUAGAAGCACCAGUCUAAAACGUCCAGAAAUCACGUGUGUCCAUCUUCUGUUUGAAAGGACUAAUUUAAUUUAUCGCCGGACCUUUCUGUGAUAACCAGGGCCCCGUUCCCAUGGCCUUAGGCAGGUUAGUACGUUACUGCGCUUGCAGGCUCGUUGCUUUGGGGGAGAUUACUCAAGGGAGGGCUUUCUUCACUCGUACCCUGCUGACAGCUGGACUCGGCCCCUAGGCUGGGAAGGCAGCGAAGGUGCAGAGCGUCCUUCAGGGAUGUCUGUGGGCAUUUUGACUGUGACCGACGGUGGCGGCCCUUGUUCCAGCUGCAGCCAAGCUCAUCUCCAAAUCAGCGCCCGGAUGCAAAGGUGAUGCCUGCCCAAGAGAGCGCCGGCGAAGCUCUGUGCCAAGGAGCAGGAGUAGCGAAAGGGAUGAAGGGGAGAGCUACGGGCGUCAUCCUGGUUGACUGGGAAACAAGAGAGGUCACAGCUGCCCAGGAUUUUUUUGGAGAGCUUUGUACACCUGUGGUAGAGAGGAAUUUUGGGAGCUUCUUAAGCAGUGUAAUUAUGUCCUAGUCCUCCCCUCCCUUCUCCUGAAAAAAAGCCAUGUAACCGAGCUCGAGACGUGAAGGUGGGCGAGCGGUUUCAUCCGGGGCGACGGUGCGUCUUGCACAGCAUCCUCUCUCUGACGGGGUCGGGUCCAGCUGCCUGCAGAAAGCCCCUGGCGCCCGGGGCGAAGGUGUCCGGGGAGCCCCUUCUUGGGGAGAAAAUACUUUGUCUGUAGCACUCCGAAGACUUAACCCUUUUGGGAUGACCACAGUACUAAGCUGUGAAAGAUAUUUUAUAAGUAAGUGUAGAUACGUAUGCCGUUCUUUUGAAGUAAGGUACUAUGACAUAUGUAGCAUAAACUGGUUCUGCUGUUAAAUGGGUCGAUUAUUAACUGAGCAGCUGUGUAAGGGGUAGCUAACUUUGAAUGCACUGAAACCAAUGCCGCUCUGAAGGCGGGCACCGAGGGGUCGCGGGUGCUCGGCUUUUCCCGGUGGGGUACGUGGAGAGGGAAACGCGGGGCAGGGAAAAGAAUGUGAGUUGUGAUUUUUUUUUUUUUUAAUAGCAUUUUAACGUGGGAAAUCUGCAUGUUCAGUAUGUUCUUCCUAAUGUUUUUAAUCUGCUUUUUUGCCCAGUUUUCAAAAUUCUCCAAAAAUUGUAAUUUGGAAUUUCUACAGCAGUAGCAGCCCUAAUGGAGGGGGAAAAUCUGGAGGGAAACAAAAAAAAAAAAAAAAACCAAAAAAAAAGGGAUUCCUUGCCUAUCCAAAACAACGUUUUUUGACCCGAUGGUCUCUGACUGCGCGCGUGUCCCGCGGGCGACACGGCUGCGUUUGUCCCGGCGCCCCUCGGCGUGCAAGGGCGAGACCCACCGCGAGGCGAGGCCGGAGGGAGCCCAGAGCAGGUGCGCGCGGCGCAGUGCCGGCGCGGGGAUGCUGGCUCAGCUCCGGCCAGCGGCGCCCGGGGCAAGGCGGCCGUGCGGCGGAGCGCCCUGGUUUCAGCUCCUUCUCUGCACUCCUGAAAGCGCCGGGAGAGGAGAGGGUCGCGCUGGUGCCUCGCGGCGUACCUUGGCGAGCGGGGAGGGGUGCCGCUCCUUUCCGGCGACGUUUUGCAUUCAGAGUUAGCUGCCUUUCUGAAACAAAAAUAAAAAUAAAUUAAAAAAAAAAAACCUACUGUAUGUUACUUUGAAAAUGUGAAUAGUAUUUUUAUAGCUUGUUAAAGACACAGCUAGUUGCAUUUGUAAAUAAGGAUAAUGUCGCUUUUAUUUUCCUCGUGGACAUCAUUAUUUGGAACAUAAUUGUCCUUAGGGUUGAUUUGUAUAUAGGUAAUUUGCUUGUGAUUCUGCCGCUCCUCGCCUUUCCGUUGCCCCUCGCGCCUCCGGUUUGGGUUGAAGCGCCGCUGCUGGCGUCCCCUGUGACUCUGUGGUCUGGCACUGUCGUGGUGUGUUCCCACUUCCGCACUUGCUUCCACCGUAGAUUUGCCAGUUGUGCGUGGCGUAGCGUCACUUUAACCUUCCGUUUCUCAUAUUUUAGAUAUCGAGGAUUACGCACUGUUAAAAUACUUACUGACCUGGGUUAAUGUUAGGUACCUAAUUUAGCAUAAUUUCCCUUCUUUCCAUAGUUUUGGGGUUUCUUCUUCUUUUUUUUCCUUCCCUCCCUUUCCUCCCUUUCUGUCUUGUUUGGAGGCUGGGGAGAAACCUGUGGCUCUUCUUCUCUUCGUGUGGUUACGUCCCGCAGCCGCGAGCCUCCGCGCGGGCCGGGCCGGGCCGGG